GAAAAACCAAACUGGUCCUUAAAUAAAGCGCCGAUUGACUUUGACGAAUCUCUCUCCGGAACUAUCAUAUGAUUGUGUAUUGAAAGAAAAAUGUUAGUCCUAGUUCUUGGUGAUCUUCACAUUCCUCAUCGAUGCAACAGCCUUCCAGCAAAAUUUAAGAAAUUACUUGUGCCAGGAAAAAUCCAACAUAUAUUAUGUACAGGAAACUUGUGCACAAAAGAGUCCUUUGAUUACUUGAAAACCCUCGCCAGUGAUGUUCACGUUGUUAGAGGAGAUUUCGAUGAGAAUCUUAACUACCCUGAACAAAAGGUGGUCACAGUGGGACAGUUUAGGAUAGGACUCUGUCAUGGCCACCAGGUGGUUCCCUGGGGGGACACUGAGAGCCUGGCCCUGGUCCAGCGGCAGCUCGACGUAGACAUCCUCAUUUCAGGACACACCCAUAAAUUUGAGGCGUUUGAGCAUGAAAACAAAUUUUAUAUCAAUCCUGGCUCAGCGACAGGGGCUUAUAAUGCUUUAGACAGUAACGUUACUCCUUCCUUUGUAAUCCUUGACAUCCAACAAUCCACAGUAGUUGCGUACGUCUACAAAUUGGUUCAGGAUGACGUCAAAGUAGAAAGAAUAGAAUACAAGAAGAACUGACAUACCCUCUAAUUAUGUGUAGUAGAGUCUGGUUUGAUGUUUUAGUGCAACAUAAGACUACAUGUAUAUGUAACGAGUUCGGUGUAUCUCUAUUUUGAAGACUGGAACAAUCAACAGCUUUAGUAAUUAUUUUUGUUUCACACAAGCACAAAACACCAACAUUGUGCGUCAAUAUGAACUUUGUACAUAGAAAAAUUGUUUUUCUUUCAAAUGAUUCUAUGUAUUUGUUGUUUUCACUACUAAUAAAAUUCAAUAUGUGUAUACUGUA